AUGGUGGAGUCACUUAGGGAAAUAAGAGAUGGGUACUUACUAUCUCUAAAUAUAGGGACACCCCCACAGACCAUUCAAGUUUAUAUGGAUACUGGCAGUGACCUUACUUGGGUUCCCUGUGGAUCCAACUUAUCAUUUGACUGCAUGGAUUGUGACGAGUAUAGAAACUACAAGUUAAUGGACACCUUUUCUCCUUCUCGCUCAUCCUCUUCAGUUAGGGACACAUGUGCUUCCUCCUUCUGUACCGACCUCCAUAGCUCUGAUACAUUUCUUGAUCCCUGCACAGUGGCUGGUUGCUCGUUGAGUACCCUUCUCAAGGGCACAUGUUGCAGGCCAUGCCCUUCAUUUGCUUACACUUAUGGCGAGGGAGGGGUGGUAACAGGGAUGCUAACUAAGGAUACUCUUAGGGUUCAUGGGUCCUCUGAUACUAUUUUUAUUAGGGAAGUACCUAAAUUUCGUUUCGGAUGUGUGGGUUCUACUUAUAAAGAACCCAUUGGAAUUGCAGGAUUUGGGAGAGGACCUCUCUCUAUACCCUCCCAACUAGGGUUCCUCAACAAAGGUUUCUCUCAUUGUUUCUUGCCCUUUAAGUAUGCAAACAAUCCUAAUAUCACAAGCCCUUUAGUUUUAGGAGAUGCUGCUAUUUCUAACACUGGUGAUUUAAUGCAGUUCACCCCCAUGAUGACCAAUCCCAUGUUGCCUAACUACUAUUAUAUUGGGUUAGAGGCCAUAAGUGUAGGUAAUAUUAGCACUAUUAGUUCAACCCCCGUAUCUUUGAACUUGAGAGAGUUUGAUUCUCAAGGCAAUGGUGGCAUGUUGAUUGAUUCUGGAACAACUUAUACUCACCUCCCAGAGCCAUUCUAUUCACAACUUCUCUCGAUUCUUGAGUCGAUGAUAAGCUACCCAAGAGCCAAAGAGACGGAGGAUCGGACCGGUUUUGAUCUUUGUUACAUGGUACCUUGUCCAAACAAUAAUUUGAGUGCUAUAGAUGAUCAACACGAACAUAUGUUUCCUUCAAUCACGUUUCAUUUUUUGAACAAUGUGAGCCUUGUGUUACCAAAGAAAAACAAAUUUUAUGCGAUGAAUGCACCAAGUAACUCGAGUGUGGUCAAAUGCUUGUUGUUUCAAAGCAUGCAGGAGGGUGAUUAUGGACCAGCUGGGAUCUUUGGGAGCUUCCAACAACAAGAUGUGCAUGUAGUUUAUGAUUUAGAGAAUGCAAGAGUUGGGUUUCAGCCAAUGGACUGUGCCUCAAAUGCAGCUUUCAAAUGA